CAAAAAAUAUUUAAUCGCUUUGGCUUUGUGUAUAAAAGAAAGUUCAUUAUUAGUGCUAUUAAAACGAGAGUGCUUUGUCUAUAAAUAAUUUUAUCUCUUCACCAUCCUUGAUGAGAGACAUUUGCAAAAGGAUUGGCAUGUAGGUUUGGAGAUUGACGUGAAAUCUUAUUAUUACUCUGUGCAACGUUCUUCUGUAUAGAUUGUAUUUCGUAGAAUUGGAAAUCUUGUAAUAAUGAAGUUCUUGAAUUAAAUUGGAAGAAAAUGUUUAACAUUUCUUUACCUGCGUCAUCUAACAACUCUGUAGUAUCCCUACUAUUCGUUACUGGCUUUUUCUCAUUCGUGUUCAAUAAUUUAAUAUGUCUAAGUGUAGAAUUUGGUAUAUCUUUAACGAAAAUCCAUCUGACUUUGAAAACUCCUUUCCAUUUUCCGUCUUGUGCCCAAACUGAUGAUGAGGUUGUGUAAUCAACAUGUGUGAGCAUUUGUGCCAUACCACAAAAGUGUCCAGAGGCAUUGACACUGAAGAACAAAUAAAUUGGUCCUCUAUUAGCGCUUUCGUUGAAUGCUCUAUCCAAUCUUUGAUUGCCUAGCUCUGUAGAUGCCCAAAUGUUAUACUUUAAUGACUUAUGGACGUCAUCUUCUGUAUAGGAUUUAAUAACGAAAUAUCUAGCGUGUGAAGGGUUUAGAUCAAAUUGGGAAGGAUUGUAACCAUUUUGUUGUACCAUCGUUGAAAUAUCUGUAGAUGACAACAUUUCUUGCAUCGAUGGGGAUUGUGAUGAAGGAGAUUUGCUAUUACUUUGUUGCAAUCUAGUUUGUAGUGUCUUCUGUGGUGGUGUCAAAGCACGGCCUGUUAUUGGAUCGAAUCCAAUGUGAGGUUGGUGGAUUCAUAUUAGCUCCACGGUUACCAACAAUCGAUUCCCUUUCAUUGUUGUUCCAUAAAGAAGCAGUAGCAGAUAACGAUGGUAAGGCAUUCGCUUGUACUUGUGCCUGGGCUUGAGCCUGAGCUUGGGCAGCAGCUAUAGAAGUGUGUCCAAUAGGUGGGACGUAAGCAGCUGCAGACACAGGACCACGCUGUGAAAGAGGGUUAGGAAAAUCGGUGACUAAUUGUAAUUUCUUCUGCGGUACAUUUUGCUGGACCUCCUCCUGAUGAUCGUAGUAAGUCCCAUUAUUAUGAAAUUGGCUAUUGUUGCUACUAUAUGAAGGUGGUGUAUAUGGUGGACUAUAAUUAUUUGUGUCAUUGAAAGUAGUGUCAAGAUUCAAGCCCCUCAAUGAGCUGGUCAAAUCAAACGUGUGAGAACCUGAUCCACUUCUCGUACGGGUAGAAGCAGGUGGUGAUAAAUUUUGACCGUAUACGCCACCGCUAUUGAUGAAGUGCUCAUGUUUGAUCGGCUGUUUCUGUUGACCGUAGGUGAGUGACUGAUGACGACGUACACCUACAGGGGCAGUUUGGGCAGCCUGUAAGAGCAUUUCCUCUUGCUGUCUCGUAUACUCAAUUUCUCUUUCAAGAUCGUCGAUCGAUUCAUUUGGAUCGAUAACACUUAAACUGUUCUUGUGCUUAAGUGAGGAUAAAACUGCUGCAUUAUUUGGAGCAUUGUUGACGUUGCUAAAUGAGCUGGCACCCGGUGCUGCUUUAAACGUUCUAUUAGGCAAAGAACCCGCUCUGUGUAAGUUCACACCAUUGCUGGAUUCAUCAUUAUGGCUAGCAAAUGAGUUGUGGCUUAAAGGAUAAGGUGGAAGAUUAUUUGAUUCUAAUCUAUUCCUAGCGUAUUGUAGUCUGUCUGUCGCAGAAAGUGUGUGAUGUCUCCUAAGAGCGUUCGUUUCCUCGUUGUUGGUAUAUGCGUAUGGUUCAACUAAACUGUUGAACUGAUUAUUCAUAUAGCAGAUUUUUACUGAUUACUUCCUGAUGGAUAAGAAUCAAGGCGAGUUCCGUUGAUUUUGAACUGAUAUGAAGAACCGAACGCUGGGUUUGAUAAAGCCACAGUUAGCAGGAAAUAAGACUAUUAUUGAUAAUGUUGAAGCUGAAAUUCGGCGACAUGGUUUAGAAAUUAUAGCUACAAAACAUUUUAAACCUUCAAAAUCCCAGUUAGAGCGUUUCUAUGCUGAUCACAAAGGCAAAUUCUUCUAUGAUAGACUUAUACUAACGAUGGGAUCUGGAGAUGUUAGGGCUUACAUCUUAGAAGGUGAAAACGUCAUAACAAAAUGGCGAGAACUGAUCGGACCAACGAAACUAUAUUUAGCUAAAUACAGUCAUCCAGACACCUUCCGUUCAAAGUUCGGUUUGAGUGAUACACGGAAUGGCUUUCACGGUUCAGGGAAUGAAAAUGAGGCUAUUAAUGAAAUAAACGUUAUGUUCGACAAAUACUGAUUAAUUGUUGCUAU